AGUUAAUAGGAAGAAAAAUGCAUUGGUUGGAUGAAAGAUGUAGUUGGAGGGAGUUUUUAAACUGCCUUUCGAAUAUUAGUUAAGUAAAUGCCCUGAGUGAUAGCUUGCUUACAAUAAUAUAUCGACGAAACAAACUCAACUUGAAUAGCAUUCCAGUGUUGGAAUGUUGCUUUGAGGACAACUCACGAACUCAUUGACGCUCCCUACGCUUGAAACCAUCCCAGCUUUCAGCCCGCCUCCAACGGCUCGAGCACAGGACCACAUUGCUUGGUGGCUGCUUACUGUGUUCUGGCUCACGGGGAGACGAACUGGACCGACCACUGACCCGGUGUCGGCACAGCCUUCCUAGGGUUGCAACUAUCCCCGCGGUUGCACUGGAGUAGGACGGUCGAGGGCAUAGGCCCGGUGCUUUAUAGCAUUUAGGGAAACCUUCCAUUCACUAUAUCAUCCAACCGAUUCAGACUGGUUAUGGAGCUGGAGCUUAGCCGAACCGAGCUGGAAGGUUCCGAUGCUCCACAGUCUCAGAGACACGAGAGGAGCCUCGGACUUCUCACCACGAAGUUCGUUACUUUGCUGCAGGAAGCGAAGGACGGGGUGCUCGAUCUCAAAGUAGCAGCAGACACCCUGGCCGUCAGACAGAAGAGGCGCAUCUAUGACAUCACCAAUGUACUGGAGGGCAUUGGCCUGAUCGAGAAGAAGUCAAAGAACAGUAUUCAGUGGAAGGGAGUUGGGCCAGGCUGUAACACAAGGGAGAUUGGUGACAGGCUGGUUGACCUGAAGUCGGAGCUUGAAGAUCUGGAUAUGAGGGAAAGUGAGCUGGACCAGCAGAGGGUGUGGGUCCAACAAAGCAUCAAGAAUGUGACCGAGGACACACACAAUAGUCCUCUGGCCUAUGUUAAUCAUGAGGACAUCUGCAGCUGCUUCAAAGGUGAUACCCUCUUGGCGGUGCGUGCUCCCUCUGGUACGCAGCUGGAGGUGCCCAUACCUGAAGCUGUUCAAGACGGUCCGAGGAAGUAUCAGAUCCAUCUGAUGAGCGCUGCUGGGCCCAUUGAUGUUCUGCUCAUCAACAAGGACCCAGUUAACUCAACACCUGUGGUGCUGCCAGUCCCGCCUCCUGAGGAAAUGCUGCAGAACGCCAAGUCUGCUGCAGCCUCUGCAGACACAUCCACUCACACAUUUGUCAAGAACACCCGGAGUCUGGCCACUGGCAAGCCUAAAGCACAUACAGCAGCUAAGCCAUCAGACACCUCCAGCACUGAAGAACCUGCUCCGCAACCACCAUUAUUGGACACCUGGUCCCUCCAGUCUUCUACUUCGUUGGACAACAACUUUACUGUCUUUGAACCAAUCAAAUCCGAUUCAUCUGACUUGCUGGAUUUCCCCAAAUACUUUUCUGACAUGUUUGACUCUGCUAAAGAGAUGGUGAGUGCAGAUCUACUAGAGGAACUUAUGGCUUCAGAAGUGUUUUCUCCACUCCUCCGCCUCUCUCCCCCCCCGGGUGACCAUGACUACAUCUAUAACCUGGAUGAGAGCGAGGGCCUCUGCGACCUCUUUGACAUCCCCGUUCUCAACCUUUGACCUAUGAACCUUGCCAGAAGGCUCACAUGAAGAGGCCUUAAAAAAAAAAAAAAAAAAAAAAAAAAG